AUGCCUUCACAAGAUGAUCGAAGGUUACUUAAUCAAGAACAAAUGAAAAUAACAAGAAACAUCUUGCUGAAACUUGCUCAAGACGAUACCCAGCAAUGCAAUGCCGAAAGCCUCAAAUCCGCGAGACUUCUAAAUGCUUUUCUUUAUGACUCAUCGUCUCCAGAAACGUUCCUGACAUCUUUCCUGUAUCAUCUAUGCGAUAGCCUUUACAAGCCGCCCAAAGAUGAUGCCGAAGUUGAUCUUGUUUUAUCGGACCUUGAAACUUCUAUAUUCAGGAGUCAAUCAAAGAUCAACAAGCUCAAUGAAAUUUUGCAAAGUUAUAUCCAAAUCAUCACCAGCGGAACCGAUCCUUUGAUUUAUGCGUCGGAGCACGGCUUGAAGGCAGUAGUCGAACUUAUCCUCGCAACAGGAAUAGGGACGAUAAAGACCGAUACAGAUGACUCGGAUGAUCUACAGCCACUCACGUUAGCAGCACAAAAUGGACAUGAGGCAGUUCUUUGCUUGUUACUAGCCGCAAGUGGCAUUGACCCUGAUCGCCGAGAUGAAUGCUGCGAAGGCAAGACAGCGCUUUUAUCAGCGGCAGAACACGGACGCGAAGCCGUUGUGAGGGUACUGCUGGCCACGCCGGGUGUGGACCCAAACAUUCAAGACUGGGACUAUCAGACACCAUUGUUAUUGGCGUCGCGCAAUGGCCAUGCUGCGGUGGUGAAACUGCUCCUCGCGCAAGGCCUCGAUCCGAACUUUAAAAAUUAUUGGGGAGAGACGCCCCUAAUAGCUGCAACGGAGUUCGGGCAUGAGGCAGUUGUCAAGCUGCUGCUAACUUCGGCAAAUGUCAGUGUCAACAUCCCAAAUACUCGUGGAGAAACACCUCUGCUAGUUGCUGCAGAGUUAGGGCAUACGAAGAUUGUAGAGAUUCUUCUUGCGAAGCAAGGAGCUGACGCCAAUUGGAAGGAUAUUAAUGGAAAUACGCCGAUGUUUUGGGCAGCACGGAAUGGCCAUGGUGCCGUUGUCAAGCUACUAUGCGCUGUAAAAGACGUCGAUCCAGAUUGUGCAGGAGCUUUUGAACAGACGCCUUUAUCAUGGGCAGCGCGCAAUGGGCACCAAGGAAUAGUCGAUUUCCUGCUUUCAAUCGAUGGUGUCAACAGUGAUCACAGGAACUCGGAUGGACGGACGCCUCUCUCUCUUGCAGCCGAAGCUGGAGAGGAGACAGUGGUCAAGGCGCUGCUCGCUACCAAAGGGGUGGAUCCGAUGUCCUCAGAUUCUGAUGGCCGAACGACUGUAUGGUGGGCCGCGAAAAGCGGAAAUGAAGCCGUGAUUCAAGCGUUACUCUUGAAAGGGCGUUCAUGCGCAGAUACUCAAGACUCUAAUGGGGAGACACCACUGAUUUGUGCAGCAAGAAAUGGUCACAGAGAGGCAGUGCGGCUAUUAAUUGCGACAAACAACGUUGAUCCUGAUUCCCAGGAUGCUCUAGGGAGAACAGCACUCUGGUGGGAGACGUUCCAUGGACAUGAAGAUGUGGUCAAACAGCUGCUCGUUAUGGAGAACGUUAAUCCUGAUGCCUCCGGUUUGGAUAAACAGACACCCCUGCUCUAUGCCGCAGAAAAUGGCCUGGAAAGUAUAGUCAGACUCCUGCUUGCUACGAAAAAAGUCAACCCCAAUGCUCAAAAUUCAAAUGGAGAAACUCCGUUGUGGUGGGCAGCGCGGAAUGGACAUGUUACAAUCGUCCAACUCCUAAUGACCCAGAGUACUGAGCUUGAAUCCCGGGCCCUGAGUGGAGAGACAGCAUUGUAUUGGGCAGCACGAAAUGGUCAUGAUGCCAUAGUUGAGCUUCUGCUUGAGAAAGGGGAUGAUCCAGAUUCUUUCCCAUCGAAUGGGGAAACGCCUUUAUGGUGGGCAGCGAGAAAUGGGCACGAAAAAGCUGCUAAAUUAUUGAUUGCUACAGAGAAAGUGAAUCUUGACUUUCAAGACUCGAUGGGAGAGACACCGAUCUGGUGGGAAGCGCGUAAUGGACAUGACGAAGUCGUUCGACUACUGCUUGACCAUGGCGCCCGUCCAGAUUCUCAAAACUCGGAUGGUCAGACGCCAUUAUCCUGCGCAGCAGAAUUUGGGCAUAAGGCUGUGAUUCAGCUUCUUCUUGCUCACGAUUCCGUUCCUGAAUUUCCAGAUAAUGGGUAUUUUAGGGUCUAG